GUAACGUUUAUUUAGCCAAUCUCUUAACUAUGACGUCUGGAUUCAUGGCUUGCUCAUAAUAUUUAACACACCCACUGAAGGCUGGAGCUGCAGCGCUCCUAGUCCAACCAGUCUAAAGCAGUCAGCGUAGCUGAAAGGGGUUUUCACUCUGCACCUGCCAAAGAUCUCUCUCUCUCUCUUUAUUUUCUCUCUGUCCCUCUCUUUCUCUGCCUCUCCCUUUCUCUCUUUUUUUCUCUCAAGGCAGAUCUGUAUGACCCAGCAGAGAUCAAAGACGGCACCUCCCUCGCUAAGAAGAACCUCUACUGAUUUGUGCUAGUUUCUUUCCUCUAAUCUCUCUCUUUUUUUCGUGCCAUAUUUAAGCUUUACGUUGCAGUAGUGCCAUCGGACAGUUUUGCAACCAAAAAACAAAAACAAAACCAAAAAAAAAAAAACCCGGAACCCCAGCUUGGAUCCAGCAACCACACUGACUUGAUCCUAGUUGAAUAUUUCUCUCUCCCAAGCCCUGGAUGCGAUGGAUGAAGAAUCUGGAAACAGUCUAAGAAAAUCAUUUUCCAGCCAAUGUUUUUAAACAGUCUCGCGGAGGAGAGAGAGUGUGUGUCUCACUGCUGCAUCACUGGUCAAUUUCAAAGGCUGGGAGGCAGGCAGCGUUUCCAGCACAUCUAAAUAUCAUGGAUGAUUUUUGCUUCCCCUGAAAGCCUUUUAUUUGUAAUAGGUUUUAUUAUUAUUAUUAUUAUUACUCCCUCCCCCUUACUGUCUUUUUUUCUUACCCAAUCAGAGCUUCAGAUGUUGGUGUCUCUUCAAUAAUCCCUUUUCUUUACCUUUGUGAUCCCUGUCAUUAAAAAAGAAAAAAAAAAGAAAAAAUGGACAGAUGGGGUUAUGAAUUGAACUGCUGUUGGCGUUUGUAUUCCUACUGAUUUUUAAAGACUUGCUGGGGGGGAGGUUGGUUUUCGGGUUUGUUUUGUUGUUGUUGUUUGGGUUUUUUUGGGUUUUGUUUUGGGUUGUUUUUUUGUUGUUGUUGUUGUUUUUGCUCAGUACUUGAUGAGACUCAGACGCCAGGACCGACUGCUUUUUGAGUAUUUAUUUCGAACAGCCGAUGGAGAUAACUUUAUCCACUUGAUUGUUUUUUAUUUGUUCUCGCUCCGCUCAAAACAAAAACAAAAAGACCCCCCAAGCUUUUUCUGUGAAAGAGCUCCUUUAAAUAUUUAAAUUACCCCCCCCUCCUCCCCUUAUAAUUUAUUAGGAGGCCCCUGGACCAUGAAGAUGAUUUUAGUCCGGAAAUUCAGGGUGCUGAUCCUGAUGGUGUUUCUGAUCGCUUGCACCAUGCAUAUCAUGAUUGAUCUGUUACCAAAGCUGGAGAAGCGAGCGGCGAGGACGGAGGGCAAGACGGGCUGCUCGUGUUCUGACCCCCCGGGCCAGGAGGCUCAGGGCUGGGGGAAGCAGAGGACUAAGGGCGGCUCGGAACCGGGCUGGCCUAACAAGCACACGCUGCGGAUCCUGCAGGAUUUCAGCAGCGACCCCAGCUCCAACCUCACCUCCCACUCGCUGGAGAAGCUCCCCGGGACCUCGGAGAAAGCCGAAGCUUUUAAGAGACUGGAACAAAAUGGCAUAAGCCGGGAGCUGGGGCAUAAGCCGCUCAUCCAAGAUGGGAGUGUAAACGCCCAGCCCGUGGGGCAGGGGUACUCCAAACUCGCGGCUCUCUUCGAGCAGCCCCUCUACAAAAUCGCCGCCCCGGAGCUGGCGGAGGAGGAUGUCUUGUUUAACGUCAAUAGCGAUAUCCGAUUUAACCCGAAAGCGGCCGAGAACCAGGACUGGCAAAAUGAAGGUAAUGAAGAUGAAGAAUUUUUACCCACCGCAGAAACAUCUGUAGAUUCCUACCCAAACUGGUUAAAAUUCCACAUUGGUAUUAAUCGAUAUGAGUUGUAUUCCAGACACAAUCCUGCAAUUGAGGCUUUACUGCAAGACCUGGUCUCCCAGAAGAUAACCAGUGUUGCAAUGAAAUCAGGAGGCACCCAACUAAAACUGAUCAUGACAUUACAAAAUUAUGGACAAGCAUUGUUUAAACCAAUGAAGCAAACCAGAGAACAGGAAACCCCACCUGACUUCUUUUAUUUCUCAGACUAUGAAAGGCAUAAUGCUGAAAUAGCAGCAUUUCACUUGGACAGGAUCCUAGAUUUUCGUCGUGUUCCACCUGUUGCAGGUAGACUGGUUAAUAUGACCAGAGAAAUUAGGGAUGUUACUCGUGACAAGAAACUGUGGAGGACAUUUUUCAUUUCACCAGCAAACAACAUCUGUUUCUAUGGUGAGUGCUCAUACUACUGCUCAACCGAGCAUGCUCUUUGUGGAAAACCAGAUCAGAUUGAAGGUUCACUCGCUGCUUUCCUACCUGACCUGUCUUUAGCUAAAAGGAAAACCUGGAGAAAUCCAUGGCGACGCUCCUACCAUAAACGCAAGAAAGCAGAAUGGGAAGUUGAUCCGGAUUAUUGUGAAGAAGUUAAACAAACACCACCCUAUGACAGUGGGACCAGAAUUUUGGAUAUAAUGGAUAUGACAAUUUUUGAUUUUCUAAUGGGAAACAUGGAUCGACAUCACUAUGAAACCUUUGAAAAGUUUGGAAAUGAAACAUUUAUUAUCCACUUAGAUAAUGGAAGAGGGUUUGGAAAAUAUUCCCAUGAUGAGCUCUCCAUAUUGGUGCCUUUAACCCAGUGCUGCAGAAUAAGGAAGUCUACCUAUCUGCGAUUACAGUUAUUAGCCAAGGAGGAAUACAAACUAAGUCACUUGAUGGAAGAAUCUUUACUAAAAGAUAAAGUUGCACCCAUCCUUUAUCAGCUACACCUAGAGGCAAUGGACAGGAGGCUACGGAUUGUUCUCAAAGCUGUUAGUGACUGUAUAGAAAAAGAUGGUUAUGUUAAUGUGGUUGAAAAUGACUUUGACACUGAUGUUAACACUAUUACAGCCAAAAGGUAGUGAAAUCAUAUGACUGCAUUUUUACUAGCUAAGUAAAGAAGAUAAAAAAAGUCUUGCAAAAGACUGUGUAUGUAACUUUGUGAAUUCAGUGAAUUCAAAAAUGAGAUAUAAUUGUUCCCAAAGUAGGUAAAGUGUAGAUUCUGUGAAGGAUUAGUUAAUUAAGAAAAAUAAGUCUAAUGUGAUGCUUUUAAAUAGUUCCUAAAUCAGAAUAUGAAAAGUUUGGAAAAUAUUGAAGUCACUGACAGGUGACUCUAGUCUGGUGGCAAAACACCUCCUGCUCUUUUUGUAUAGAAAGGAGGCCUUUAUUUAAUAUUUUGUAUUUAUAUAUGGUAUAUCUAUGAAAACCACAGAUACCUACUACCAAAUUUAACAAAAGAGGGACAGCAUAGUUUUGUGAUUCACAAUUUAUUCUUGGUGAUAGUCCAUUUAGUAUUUUGUGUUAACCCUUUAAGUGCUCUCAUUCACUGUACCUACUUUAAAUUGAAUGUUUUGUUUUUCAACUACUCAGCAUUUAAAGGGUUAAGACACAUGAACUUUUAAAAGCAAAAAUAACAGCCACAACAGUAAUAAGUACAGUGAUUAGCUGGAAGGGGAUUUUGAUAACUGCAUUGACAAGAAUACUUGAAUGUUGGUUUUACAGAGUGAUGUAAAAUGACAAGUUGUACAAUUUAUCCAUCAGACAGUAGCAGCUCUGAUCUUUCUAGACUAUCGUAGUAGGGCUGUUACUUUUCCAACUUUGCUUUUGAUAGUUUUGUGUAAAUAUAUACAUAUAUGAGUAAAAGCUGCUUUCGGCAGCUUCUAGGCUUACUUUUGCAGCAUUUUUGUGGAAUUGUUUGCAAUGUGGUAAAAGUGCAAUAAAGAUAUGGCAAAUGUGUA